AUGCAGGAAGCUCACCAGAAACUAGAUAUAAGCGAUGCCGUUGAAAUGCCAAGUACAUCAGCUAUGAGGCAACUUAUUCAUCGCAUUCGUAAAAAAGAAUUACCAGUGGAAUCAAAUUCUGCGAUAGAUUUGAUAAUCCCAGAUAACCUAAAGGUCACGCAAACUGGGGAAAAGGGCUUUCUUUUGUUUGACACGAAAGUAGACAGCGACACUUUGAAUGAACGAAUCGAAGAGGAUGGGGACGAGGAAGAGGAUGAGCUCCAAGAGAGAAUUAGAGCUUUCGGUGGUGACGAUAAUUCACGAAGAUUAGCCGACUUUGAUAUCUGGUUUUUAGAUGGGACAUUUAAAACUUGUCUACGACUUUUCUAUCAGUUAUAUAGUAUCCAUUGCAGGUUCGAAGAACAAAUUUUCCCAGUUGAUUAUACGCUGCUGACUGAGAAAACAACACAUAUAUAUUCAUCAAUGCUAGAACACUUAACUUCGGUUUUAGAAUCAAAAGAAAUUCAAUUAAACCCUACAUUCUUUGUAGUAGAUUUUGAGUUGUCUAGCAUCAAAGCCCUCCAAGAAAAAAUUUCCCGAAGCAAGAAUAUCGGGAUGCUUUUUUCACCUAUGUCAAAGUACUUACCGAAGUAUUCAAAAGAACGACCUUGUUGA